AUGUACGUUGGCUUCUCUGCGUCGAAGACCACCUGGGUCGAGCCACAGAGGAUUUUAGCGUGGAGCUUCAGCGACACCGGCGUUGCCAGGGACAUCAACACCACGAAUUUACCCAUGUUCUUGCCCUUAAAUUCGUCCUCUUCGUUGUCCUCCGGAGCCAUUGCUGGAAUUACUGUGGGCUCUGUUCUGACUCUGAUACUCUGUUUUUCUGCUCUCUACUGGUUUUGGCGAACGAACAAGAAGAAAGGGCUGGAAGACGAUGAAAUCGAAGAUUGGGAAAUGGAAUACUGGCCUCAUAGAUUCUCCUACGAAGAGCUAAGCCAAGCCACCAACGGAUUUUCGAAAGACGAGCUACUUGGAGCUGGGGGUUUCGGCCGAGUAUACAGAGGAAAACUACCCAACAACGCUGAAGUCGCCGUGAAGUGCGUCAGCCACGAUUCGAAGCAAGGACUCAGAGAAUUCAUGGCGGAGAUUUCGAGUAUGGGCAGGCUGCAACACAAGAACUUGGUCCAAUUGCGAGGGUGGUGCCGAAAGAGGAAUGAAUUGAUGCUUGUCUAUGAUUACAUGCCCAACGGAAGCCUCAAUCGGUGGAUCUUCGACAAACCCAAGAAGCUAAUGAGCUGGAUUGAACGGCGGCGAGUGCUCGCCGACGUCGCCGAGGGCUUGAACUACCUCCACCACGGUUGGGACCAGGUGGUGAUUCACAGGGACAUAAAGUCCAGCAAUGUUCUGUUAGAUUCCGAUAUGAGAGCGAGGUUGGGGGAUUUUGGGCUAGCCAAGCUGUACGCUCAGGGUGAGGCGCCGAAGACGACGAGGGUGGUGGGCACGUUAGGCUACCUGGCACCGGAGCUGGCGACGGCGACUGCGCCGACGGCUGCGAGCGAUGUGUACGGAUUCGGGGUGGUGGUGCUGGAGGUCGCGUGCGGGAGGCGGCCGAUCGAGGCGGCGAAGGAGAGGGAGGAGGAGGUGGUGCUAGUGGACUGGGUGAGGCAGAAGUACGCCGAGGGGAGCGUAGGAGAGGCGGCGGAUGAGAGGAUUAAAGGGGAGUACGAGGCGGGGGAGAUGGAGGGGCUGCUGAAGCUUGGAUUGGCUUGUUGCCACCCUGACCCGCUUCGCCGGCCCACGAUGAGAGAGGUUGCGGCCGUUUUGUUGGGAGAGGAAGCGGUAACACCCCGGGCUUUGUUGCCGGAGUCCGGCGGUGGCGGGAAGGGGGAGAGCAGGCGUCGCCGCCGCAAGUUCGGAUUUGUUAGUGACAUUAAUAUAUCUUUGAUUUUUUGUUUUCCCCUUUUGGGAAGAAUUUAG